UCUGAAUAUUGUGCUCGAGUAUCGCAUCUUUGUUGCUCUUUUUUAUAUCCUGUGCGAAUUAGAUUUCCGGCUGUGUCAGAAAAACGCGACGACGCGACGUUACAAUAGACGCGGAAUUCAGCAUUUCUCGUGUUGGGACUCAAAGAUAGCAACUUAGAAUCACGUGAUAAACACUUGACCAGUAUUAUCGGAGCACGUGGAGUUGACGAGGGCGAAUAGUAAUUGUCAAGACAAACGCGACAAGACUUCGUUCGAUUCAAUUUUCGCGCCGAGCGUACUGUAGCGUCACGUGACUACAGUAACCGACCAAUCAUACAGCCAGACGGACGGAGGUAAACCGAGAAACGCGGCUCGCUCGAUUGUACUACACCGACCACGCGGACGGUAACUCGAAGCAGAGCGCGCGUAAACGCGAAGAGGAAACGACGACAACGACGACGACGACGAGGAGGAGAAGGCACGUGGAGAGAAGCUCGCCCGCAGUGCAGACGGCCAUAUACGUUGAAAAGACUCAACGAGGGUGGGCGAUACACCCAGAACGAAUCUGAGUAACGAAUACCAGCUACGAGGCGACGCGGCGACUACGGCGGCGACGACACCGAAACGUAGAAAGAUGCCGGAGACCGCACACCAUAUGAACGGCUACGCGAAUGGCCAUGCGCCGCCUGAGCUCCAGCAGGACACCGCGUUCCUGUUCACCUCGGAGUCUGUCGGCGAGGGACACCCGGAUAAAAUGUGUGAUCAAAUAAGCGACGCCAUUUUGGAUGCACACCUGAAACAAGAUCCCGACGCUAAAGUAGCAUGCGAAACUGUAACAAAAACUGGGAUGAUAUUAUUAUGCGGAGAGAUUACAUCAAAGGCUGUAGUGGAUUAUCAGAAGAUCGUUCGUGAUACAGUAAAACACAUCGGCUACGAUGACUCUUCAAAAGGUUUUGACUACAAGCUGUGCAAUGUUCUGUUGGCACUCGACGCUCAGUCACCAAAUAUCGCAGCAGGCGUUCAUGAAAACCGUAGCGACGAGGAAGUGGGAGCAGGAGAUCAGGGUCUAAUGUUUGGAUACGCAACUGAUGAAACGGAUGAAUGUAUGCCACUAACGGUCGUGUUGGCGCAUAAAUUGAAUCAGAAAAUCGCCGAGCUAAGACGAAGUGGCGAACUGUGGUGGGCUCGUCCAGAUUCAAAAACACAGGUAACCUGUGAAUACAUCAUGGACCAUGGAACCUGCGUACCUAUAAGAGUCCAUACUGUUGUCGUGUCACUACAACAUAGUGAAAAAAUUAGUCUAGAUGAGUUACGUAAGGCGGUCAUGGAGAAAGUCAUUAAAGAAGUGAUUCCAGCGAGAUAUUUGGAUGAAAGAACAGUCUUCCAUGUGAAUCCUUGCGGGCUUUUCAUUAUUGGUGGACCACAGAGUGACGCUGGUCUUACUGGUCGAAAAAUCAUCGUAGAUACGUAUGGCGGUUGGGGAGCGCAUGGUGGUGGUGCAUUUUCCGGUAAAGAUUUUACGAAGGUGGAUAGAUCAGCUGCAUAUGCUGCAAGAUGGGUUGCCAAAUCCUUGGUGAAAGCUGGUCUUUGCAGACGUUGCCUCGUACAGGUUUCCUAUGCCAUUGGAGUAGCGGAACCAUUGUCUAUCACAGUUUUCGAUUAUGGCACAUCCACACGUUCACAAAACGAGCUCUUAGACAUAGUGCACAAGAACUUCGAUUUGCGGCCCGGAAAAAUCGUCAAAGAGCUGAACCUUCGCAAUCCUAUUUAUCAACAAACCAGUACAUACGGUCACUUUGGACGAGACGGUUUCACAUGGGAGCAACCAAAAAAGCUGGUUUUCGAUUGAUGAGAGGAUGGAUUUUAAAUUGGUUUUUGGCGUUUUUCGGUUUUAGAUAUUUGAUAGAACAUCUGUUUCUCGUUCUCUAAUUCUAUCUCCCUCUCUACCUUUUUCUCGGAGAAAAAACCGUGUUAUUUCAAGUAAAAGAAAAGAAUUUCGUCCGCGAUAUACUUCGAUCUCCGUGCCGCAGCCAUUAUCGAGGCCAUCGAUUACGCCAAUACUUAGCAAUAGAGAGGACUAGGUAUGGGCAGUUCUCUUUCUAGUUCUUUUUGCCAUGGAAUACCGCAUUAUAUGUGACGACAGGCAUAGUACAAAUAUCGUUUAUAAUCCAGUAUAUUACAUCCAAUCCAAUACAUUACAUCGCAUUAUAAAAAAAGCGUUGCGAAAAGAGCGAACUGAACCUAUAUUAUAAAGCGCAUUUUCAUGUUUAGAUGUUUAAAAACUUCUUUCUUAAACUGAUGUGAGUGAUUCACAAGAAAACACAAAGAAGUGUCUCCCUCCGAUUUUGAUGAGUUUUAAUUUGUGUGGUCCAGACUAAAGUAAGAGACGUGUGUUUUUUUAUACAUGAUUAUACUCGCUUUUAAAAAUGGAACACUCACAAAAAUCGAUCGGUUUCUUUCGAAGCGAAUAUUGCCGAAAUUAUUAAAAAAUUUUUUUACCAUUAUAAAAUACUGCAGAUCAUUCACACAACUUUUAUAAAAAAAUUUUUUUCAUAUCUUUUAUAGAGUCGAAUUUCAUCAAAGUGUUUUAUUCCCUAAAAAGGGCAUAUGAUCACAUAUAAAAAAUAUGUUUCUUAUUUUGGUCUAGACUAUAACGUAUUAAAAGCUCAU